AUGUGGGAUCAUUUACGUAAGUGUGCUAAAAAGCCAAGAGGUGAGGGUGAUAUAGAGGGUGAUGAUGAAGGAUACUAUUUUGAUCAAGAUGUUUCACGUAAACAACUUGCACAUGCCAUUAUCUUACACGAGUAUCCACUCUCUAUAGUUGACCAUGUGGGAUUUAGGAACUUUGUUGCGAGUCUCCAACCUAUGUUUAAAAUGGUUUCAAGAAAUACGAUAAAAAAUGACAUACUGAAAUUUUUUGACAAUUUGAAAUCAAAAACUGCUAGUUUGUUGGAUAGAGUCACGAGUAGAGUUGCAAUAACAACCGAUAUGUGGACUUCAAAUAGCAACAAAAAAGGACUCAUGGCUAUUACUGGACAUUUUAUUGAUGAUUCAUGGGGUAUUCAAAGUCAUAUUUUUAGGUUUGUUUAUGUUCCCGCUCCACAUGAUAAAGAUGCAUUAUGUAGUGCUUUGAUUAAUUGUUUGUUUGAUUGGAAUCUUGAACGGAGAAUAUCAACUAUCACAGUUGAUAAUUCUAGUACUAACAAUGCAAUGAUGAGAACCUUAUUGGAUGAGAAACUUAAUAAAAGAGAUUUGUUAUUGGAUGGUCGAGUGUUUCAUGUGCGUUGUGCCGCACAUAUCUUAAAUCUGAUUGUCCAAGAAGGGCUAAAGUUGAUAGGAGAAAGUAUUGGAAAAAUACGUGAUAGUGUCUUGUAUUGGAUUGGAUCAGCCGGUAGAAUUGAGAGAUUUGAAAAAGCUGCACGUCUGCUACAUUGUUCUUGUAAGAAGAAUUUGGAGUAUGAUUGUCCUACCCGUUGGAAUUCAACAUAUCUAAUGUUGAGAACAGCCUUAGAAUACAAAGAAGUGUUUAAAAAAUUGAGUCUAACUGACUCAAACUAUAAGUCGUAUCCAACGGAAGAGCAAUGGAGUCAUGCAGAAGAUGUUUGUGGGAAGCUCAAACUCUUUUAUCAUAUCACUGAACAAUUUUCAGGGACUCGAUAUCCAACUUCCAGUCAAUACUUUACAAAAGUUUGUGAAAUUAAGAUGGAGUUGGAAGACUGGGCGAAAAGCUUUAAUCCUUUGAUUAGCUCUAUGGCGUCUGCAAUGUUAUUGAAAUUUCAAAAAUAUUGGGAUGAUGUGCAUGUUAUGAUGGGUAUAGCUGCAAUCUUUGAUCCAAGAUAUAAGAUGAAGUUGGUAGAGUUCUUUCUUCCACAAAUUUGUGGUAAAGAUGUUUCAACUAAAAUUCAAGAAAUUCGAUCUCAUUGUUAUGAUCUCUUUCAUGAUUAUAAUAGUAGACUAUCUUCUCCAAGGGAGUCAUUUGAAGUAUGUAGCUCUAGUGAAGUCGUUAAUCUUAUUGAAGGUGAUCGACUAUCGAGCUUUGAUAGAUUUGUUGCUUCGAGUCGAGCUACUAUGGAGAAAAAAUCAGAGUUGGAUUUAUAUUUAGAAGAAAGCUUGCUACCCCAGACUCCAUCAUAUGAUAACUUGAGUUGGUGGAAGACAAAUGGAUUGAAAUUUCCUACUUUGCAAAAGAUGGCUCGUGAUCUCUUAGCCAUUCCUGUGUCUACUGUUGCUUCUGAAUCAGCAUUUAGCACUAGUGGGAGGUUGAUUAGUCCGCAUCGCAGUAGAUUGCAUCCUACUACUUUGGAAGCUCUAAUGUGUUUGACUUCAACCAUCGAUAAUGUGUCAUGUCCAACGUUGAUUGAUGAAGAGGAAGAGCCUGAGAUCAGUUUCAUGCCCAAUGUUGAUUGA